AAUGCUCAAAAAUUUGAACAACAUUAACAUGCAAUAACAACUGGAAAUGUAUCAAAUAGAAGAAGUUGAUAAUAAAAACUGGAAAUUGAUUUGUUUUCGAUUGAUUAUCCUACUAAACGUUAUCGUCUGUUUGAUAUGCAACAUAACCGACAUUGUGCACCACGCUCAAAUUAUCUAUUGCUACUGGGAUUACACGGGCGCUGAGUUUAUCAAAUUUGAAGUAGCGGUGCUCAUUACAAACAUUGGAAUGAUACCCAUCCUCAUCAUUGGCACUCUACUCGUAUUCAAGCAGAACAUUAAACAAUUGCGCUCAUACCUUACGAUACUGUUUCUAUUAAGUUGGUUACAAAUGCUGCUGAUAAUUGCCCUGACGCAGCGUUUCCCGCUCACCCAUAUAGUCCACUCGAAAUGGAUGGAUCAGAAGAGCAUUGCCAAGUAUGAAAGUCAGUACAAUUGCUGUGGUCGUUUUGGACCAGAUGAUUAUAUUCUCAGAACGGGUCGGGUGCCAAACAGCUGUUUGGUCGAUACCACUAACUCGGAGUCCAGGGAAAUUCAUACCACUGGCUGCCUAGCUAAGGAUGAUGUAGACGCGGACAUUAUUUCCUACGAGCUGAUUACCUCAUUAUUCCAGUUAAUUUUGGUGUUUUUAAUGGUCUGCCAUUACUUUUAUCUGAAGAGAAUCAAAGCAGAAAACCGUUCAUUUCGUGGACUUUGGCGUGACCACAUUUUUUUAUAGUUCUGUCCCAGUCAACAAAUUGAAUUUGCAUUUGCAUGCAACACAAAUUGGUUGGCAUUGAAACUGGGGAAAUUGGAUGAGAAUUGGCAUUGGCAGCAGCAGCUUACACUUCUCAUAUUGCACAAGCUGCAAUCAAUAACGAUAAACACUCGAGUGUCUGAACCACCCAAAUCCCGAUUGUCCGAGUAUCCGCCUUUGCAUAUGCAUGAGCCAAUAAAGAAAUCAAGAAAGCAUAGCAAGCGAAUCUAAAAUAAUGCAAAUGCCGACAACACACACCGGACCAAGGGCUACAGGACACUUGUAACAAUAUGCAAAAGGAGAACGCAGCCAAGCACAUGUUCAAGGACAAUCUAAAUUCUCGGAGUUUUUUAUUUGCACAUAAAUUGUAUUGUUGUCAACA